CUUGUAAUGAACGGCUUGGGAACGGAUGAUAUACGGCCCUUGAAGUGCACAGUCGCAUUAGGAGCAGCCUGAGCCUGACACCGAACAAGCACCCGCUCGCUGCGAGUUGCUCAUGUCCAUUUGCGAAUAUGCCUUCUCGGCGGAGUCGGCCAGUUUUUUGGGCCAAGGCAUUCAGCGAAGAUCCACUCGAGCCUCGACCAGGCCACGAGGAACACUCAGUGCAACUGGGCUCGGCGUUAUGGGAACAGGUAUUACAAGCUCGUAGAUUGCCUGCGCUGGCUCAAGAAGAACGCGGAGGCGACAGCACGAUACAUGUGGCCAUCGAGUAUCCUCGACAUACCUCCUCAGGCCGAGGAAGACACACGGCUAAGUGGCCUACUUUGGUCUGCAAGGCAGCUUGCGCCAGAGCAUGGCCGGCUUCUGAGGAUGGAUCGCGCUCCCAGGAAGAAAACUUCGUGCUAGUGCCUCCAGCACUGGCAAAGCAUCUUGGACUUUUCCCUCGCUCCACCCGUCUUGCAGCCUCAACCAUCAAAUUUCAGCUACAUGAGCCGAUACUUCUAUGCUCGCUGGUGCUCACCACAGGCAACAGCUCAAUCAUUGGAGACGUUGAAGCGGGAAAGCUGGGCCUGGAAGACGCCCUACAAGGCCGUUUGAUUCGCCAGGGAGAGAACCUCACGCUGGGGUUCGGUUCACACGGCGAAGCCAUAUUCCAGGUCAUCAUGACAGAGCCGGUGCUGCAGGGGGUCUUUGCUGCAAAUACAAAUAUCACGCUCACAUAUUCCAGCGCAUCAGUGCUGGGCAUAGACGACCCAAGCAUCUCUCAGGAUGGGGUUAGCGAAGCAAGUAACAUCUCUGCUUUGGACAAUCAUGGCAGCACGGCCGAGGACCACGAUGGGGCUGACGAGGAAGAGGAUGAAGACGUAGUCAUUGACGAGAGCUUCCUCUCGCAACAGCUGGGAGGCCUGGACAUAGAAGGCGCGUCAUUCCUCACACCUACACAGCCGAAAUCGGCCGAGGUGAAUAGCGAGCGCUCACUAGCAUCAGCCCGCGGCAAAGCCACCCCCUUUCAUACAGUGUUGCUUGAGAGCCAAGAGCCCGUGCAAGAGGCAUAUAUCGUCUGGAAGGAAGCGAAUACCGAAGAGUCGGAAGAAGAUCUGGAUGAGGAGAGCGUGAUUCUUCUCGAAGAAGGUAGUCUGGCGACCAUGGGCUCGUUCGACGGAGACUGGAUGUUGGCCUCGUUGGCAGGAAAGGACGGCGCCUCGAGCCCGAAAAAACUGGUCCGCGUCUUUGCAUCGCGGACGCAAAACCUUUCGGGUGCUAGCGGCGUAGGACCGUCGCGACUGAUUCGGCAUGCCUUUUUGUCUCCAGUUCUCUAUCGCAACCUGCACAGGGGUGAUAGCAAUAACGUGGGCCCCGCCUCCUCUCGGCAGAUCCUUCUGUUCUCGCUGCCUCCGCUCACUGCGAGAGCAAGAGGUAAGGCGCCGGUUCCUUUUGCCGAGUCUCUCACCGUCGGCCGCGUAGCAUCACCGAUCAGCAUUGACAAAAACUAUCAGACGCUAUUCCUCGAUUCCCUCAGGUCCUAUUUUCAGGGCCGGCGCAGGGUUGUGCGCAAAGGCGACGUCAUUGCCGUUUCGCUUGAUGGACGCAAAGUGCGAUGGAUACAUAAGGGUGACGCAGCGGAGGGGAAAGAGCAGCACGGUGGAGGCGAGCAAGCCAGCAGCGGGCCGGGAGAGCAAGAUAUUGCGGCUUUCGACCUUCCAGCAGCGCAAUCGCAAGGAGCCGCAUUGCUGCCGACCGCGGUCGUGUACUUCCAAGUUAUAUCGAUCGUUGCAGAUUUGGAUCCCUUGCAAUCGGACGAGUUCGCAGGCGAAGAGCAGCUCGGGUUUCAGUCGAUGGCCUGGACGGGUGAGCUUGGCUGCGUGGUGGACAGCAAUCUGAGCAAGAUGGUGCAGACGGGUGUCAGCAAUAUCAGGGUGCCCGACGCCACAUCUUGGCUCGGUGUACAAGUCGACUCGCCUCCACUGCCGGCUGCCGGCGCGCUGACGGAUGAGGGAAGUCCCUAUGCCAAGCUUGUCAAUCUAGUCCAAGCGACCCUCCUCCCACGCUCUGCCGCGUUUGGCCUGCACCUCACCGUCCUCCUCAAGGGUGCACGCGGCUGUGGAAAGCGGACGGUAGUCCGCUGGGUCGCACAGCAUCUUGGCGUUCAUCUGUUGGAGAUUGACUGCUUCGAGCUGGUCUCCGACACGGAGACCCGCACAGAAGGCACGCUCCGUGCGCGCUUUGACAAGGCAGCAGAAUGCGCUCCGGGGAUUUUGCUCCUGCGCAACAUCGAAGCGCUCGCGCGCAAGGCACAGGCGAUGGAGACUGGGCAGGAGCCGCAUAUGACGUCUGUGCUUACCAAUUGCAUCAAGGAGCUGCGCGAGCGCACUUCGUUGGCAGGCAAGAAAGGUAAGCGUGCUGUUGCGCUGCCAUUACCGGUCGCUGUGUUUGCGACGACAAGUGACCCGGACAAGAGCCCUGUAGGAGUGCUGGGAUGCUUCAAGCACGAGAUUAGCUUUGAGGCUCCGAAUGAGGCCGAAAGGCUAGAGAUUAUUCAAACUGCUCUCGGUGCCACUGCCCUCAGCCCAGACGUGUCGCUCAAGUCGCUGGCUACACAGACUGCAGCACUCGUCGCCUCUGAUCUCUCCAACUUGGCUGCGCGAGCAAAAGCCGCUGCUAUUGAACGUCUGCUUAAGGCGAUACCUAGGAUUUUUUCCGAAACCAGGCUGCAAGCUGCAGGCAUCACUCUUUGCGCAGCUGAUCUCGAGGCUGCUCUCGGGAAAGCGAGAUCGAACUAUAGUGAGAGCAUUGGCGCACCAAAGAUCCCGAAUGUCACGUGGGACGACGUCGGCGGCCUUGCAAGUGUUAAAAACGACAUUCUGGAUACGAUCCAGCUGCCGCUCGAGCACCCGGAACUCUUCAGCGACGGACUCAAGAAGCGCAGCGGCAUCCUCUUGUAUGGUCCUCCAGGCACAGGAAAGACCCUGCUCGCGAAAGCAGUCGCUACAUCCUGUUCGCUCAACUUCUUCUCUGUCAAGGGGCCAGAGCUGCUCAACAUGUACAUCGGAGAGUCGGAGGCCAACGUACGACGCGUAUUUCAGCGCGCGCGAGACGCCAUGCCGUGCGUCAUUUUUUUUGAUGAGCUCGACUCAGUCGCUCCAAAGAGAGGCAACCAGGGUGACUCUGGAGGCGUCAUGGAUCGCAUUGUCAGCCAGCUGCUCGCCGAGCUCGAUGGCAUGACAGGCAGCAAGGAGGGUACGGACGUGUUUGUGAUCGGCGCUACCAACCGGCCAGAUCUCCUAGAUCCCGCUUUGCUCCGUCCUGGAAGAUUUGAUCGCUUGCUCUAUCUCUCUGUUGCCGAGACACAUGGCGCCCAGCUCAAUAUUCUUCAGGCGCUGACGCGCAAGUUCAAACUGGAUCCGGAUCUGGGAGACCUCCGCGUCGUUGCCGAGCAAUGUCCGUUCAACUUGACUGGCGCAGACUUUUACGCGCUUUGCUCAGACGCGAUGCUGAAAGCGAUGACGCGAAAAGCUAGCGAGGUUGACGCAAAGAUUGCCGAAUUGAAUGCUCGCCCCGCACCAUAUGAGCACCCUUAUCCCCUCACCCCGCAAUACUAUCUCGCCGAACUAGCAAAGCCCGGCGACUGCGAGGUGUGGGUCAACAAGUCCGACUUUGAAGCAGCACUGCGUGAGCUCGUGCCUAGCGUCAGCGCACAAGAGAUGGAACACUACCGGCAAGUGCGCUUGAAGUUUGAAACUCCGGAGAACAAGGAUACAUCUGGCUUUGGAGAGGGAGGCGACGAAUUGAAGCAGAUGCGCAGGCACUUACAGGACAAACUCAGUGGUAUGGGGUACUCGAUCCAAGAUGGACCGAUGCCAGCCCCCGUUGAUGGUGGUACCAGCUUGAGCGCCGGUGCUGCUUGCUCGGAGCUCGUUACACCUCAACCACUGUUACUUGUCAAUGGUGAAUCCCACGCUCCUUCGAAAACAAGCGGCGCAACAGAGCACAAAAAUAAAUCGAAGGGAAACGGAAAGGGGAAAGCACGCACAAUAGAUUGAGCUGUACGCAAGUACGUGUAAAUAAAUGAUGUCAAUAACUCAUAUCAGUCAGC